AUGCUUUAUCGUGCUAUAAACGGCGAUAGUGAUUCAGCAGCCGGAGUAGAAAGGCGUGAAGACCCUGGCCCACAGCCGAAUCCCCAGCAGGCGCAUCGAUAUGAAGGACCCCCAACGCCGUGCCCAGCUCGUGUGGAAUAUGCGACUCCCGUGUUUGCCCGCAACUACCAGGGCGUGUGGCGAUACGUGGUGCAGAUUCCAUACGAAGGAUACUUUACACAAACUGUUGAGGUCACCAGAUGCAUGCAGUCUCGUUGCCACUACCUGGACGGCGGCUGCCUCAGCUCACCGCGCUGGGUGUCGUUGCUGGUAGCCGAGCUGCACUACCCCCCGAGACAACAUCAGGAUUACCAACAAUACGCACAGAACCGCGUUGGUCAGCAGACUGAUACCGAGUCCAGCACCGAUAAACCCUCACAUUGUGACGGACACGACGAAAUGGGGUGCUAUCAGGUCCGACUGUACUACGACUGGUUCCUAGUGCCCGGCUCCUGCAAGUGCUGGAGGCCCGAUUACUUCGCAAGGUAUGUCCGUCGUCGUCAGAACAACGAGUUGUAG